AUGUUGCUGAGCAGACCACCUGUGCAGGGUCUAUAUGAUACAUUACAAACCCACUCAAUUGAGUCAUGGGUGCGGUACAAGCCAUGUCAGGUCGGGCUCAUGGCCGAUGUCUUGGUGGACGCGUUACCGCGAUCGCGCGUCGCGGUGCCUCUGAUCGCGGCAUUCGCGUCGGCACCGGCGGUUAGAGAUGCACUACUAGAGCGCCAUCCGACAAUACUUGAUCAAUUCCUGGAAAAGGCUGUCAAUGGCGAGUCCGAAUACGAUUCGGCAUGCAUUGCGUUUUUUGCAUCGCCUCUCCCGGAGGGCUUUGUGCCGCCGGCUCGCAUCGCGACAUUGAUCUCUAGGCUGGUGAGCGUGAUGGUGGCUGAUCCAUGUAUGGAUUCGGUGACACCAAUCCACGCACUCAUCACCGGGCUGAAAGGCUCGCCGCAAGUCUUGAACGAUGUCCCCUCUGAAAUCAUGUCGGGGCUUCAGUUGGAGUUUACAAAGACACUAAGGAACCUAGACGACCACAUGGGAAAUCUGCUUUGCUUGUCCACAUUUGCCCAAAUCACAACAGCACGACUCACAGAACAGCAUCAACACGGAUCAGAGCGCCAGUGGCUGCUCAACAUUAAGCAUUUCUUCGGUCCCAAGCGAGGCAUCAAAACCCUCGAUCUAGUUGUCCUGCGCGCUAUACUGGCUUGCUCUUCAAGCUGCAAUCUAGGCCCACAAGACGCUGCUGCGAGUAUUCGCCUCGCAAUUGACAUCAGUGAUGCCAUUGAGCCGGCGCAGAAGCAGGCUUGGAUAGCCAGCAACUCUGCCAAAGUUACCAAGCUGUGUGAAAAGGCUGCCAAGGAUGGCUUGGAUCCUGGAAUCCAAAAGAUGGCUGUUUGUUUCCUGCAUGCCCUUCUUCCGGAGCAAUCCUUGUCAUCACAACUGCGUGGUCUUGGCCUUAGGACUCUUUUUUCGAAGGACACCAAUGAAACAUUGGAGUUAAUCUCCCCACGGCUCAUAACGCGUCUUGCAAAAUCAUUAGCUACUACCGGGGAACUUGCUACCCGUGAGGUUAUGGCAUUUGUGCUUGGCACCUUCAAAAAUAGUCAAUGGCAAGACGGGGAUGCCAUUUCCGCACUAACUCUAGCGCAACUCAUCCUGACAGGUUUGCAAGAACUGGAUCCGGAGACGCUGAACUUCAAUUUGAGCAGUUCAAUGAGCUCAAUUAGACAAGUUGUUGGUGAGGCGGUGGAGUCCUUCCCCCGAAAGCCAAAUGAAGACCAAUGUAAGGAACUGGCCAUGUGCAACUCUCAGUUAUGCAUCAUGCAAAACCAGCUAUUCCUAUCUCUACUCGGUCUCUACAAUACCUCUUCCACGCAAUUCACGGGCGACAUCAUCAUGAAGACUUUCAUGGCCAGGGUGGUCCAAUCAUUGCCUGAUAUUCGCUGCGCAUUUUCGACGAGGAAACCUAUCGGUAAUAGAGAGCGCCUUUCCUUGCCCGACACUCGCAAUUUAUCGUCCACCCACAUCGACCGCGAUUGGCGCGCUGGCUUUACCAACGCGUUCAUGCAGAAUGCACAAGCCCAACAUGAUAAAAUGAUGAGGAAGAUCGAAGAAACCUGCUUCGAUUUAGAACGACGAUGUGACGACGUGGAAGGACCGCUGCGGAUCGUUGAAGAAGAGCGUGACCGAUACGCACUGGAGGUCCAGCACCUCAGAGAACAGAAUGAGCAAAUGGUCAAGGAACUGCUAGAAAAGACCGAUGAAGUGGAAGCUGCGCGGCGGAUGUCGUCCGAACAUCUGACUGAAUCCAGCCAUGAGCACACGCGCCUGGAACAACUCCUCCAGGAUCAAUAUGCCCACCGUGAUGAGCUGAUGGCAUCCGUUGACGCUCUACGUAUGAGUCUGAAUGAACAGAAGCAUGAAUCUGAAAAGGCCCUUCUUACGGAGAGGGACACAACUCGCUCCAAGGAGUUAGAGCUUAUGGCUACUCUUACCGGGAAGGAUGAUCAAAUCGAGGAAUUGCAAGAAGAAUUGAGUGAUAUCAAAUCACGCAAUGAGGAAACAGUGCAGAGUCUUGCUCUCAUGGAGUCGGAUUUUACCGACAGCCUCGAGCGAGCCAGACUUCUCCACGGUCAAAAGGACGAUAGAAUCACUGAGCUUUUGGACUUGACUGCUCAGAAAACCCGCGAAAUCGAAGAUCUGUUGGAGCAGGAUCGUAACAUGCAGGGGCUAUGUGAUUCUUUGAACGAAACACUGGACCGAAAAGCUGAAGAGCAUGAAGAACAACGGGUUGCCCUGGAGCAAUCGCAGACGAAAUUGCGGGGCGAUAUCGAAAGGCUAAACCGAGAAGCAGCAAACGAAGCUUCUCGGGCUUCCAAUGAGGUUUGUUUUAUAUUUCCCUAUGUCGCCAUUCAAACCUCAAGUCAAUCAAUGCUCACAAUCCCACAGAUCGCAAAACUCCAUGCAGAAAGGGAACGUCUGCAGUCUGCCAUGCAGGCCACCGCUCUCAAUGCUUCAAAAGAUGCUCAAGUGAAAGACAAACGCAUCCACCACCUAGAAAGAAAGGUGCAAGCUUUACGGGACGAACGAGCUGCCAAGGCGCGAGAGUUCUCCGAAGCGCAGCAACACAUCGGACGACUGAUGGGUGUCAUGGGCUUCUCUGCCAACGCCCCAGAAUCCACCAAGCACCAACGAACUAGAUCCAGCCCCUUUGACAGUCCAGUGGCAAAGUCCCCCCGGCUCAUUGGCGAAGAAAAAGAUGGUGCAUGUCGGCCCUCCUCGCCCACCCCCAACCGUCGAGGAAACCGCAAAUCGUUGAGAUCUGAACCGAUCCAUGCUUCGCCAGCCGCUUCCCCAGAAAGCCCUCGCGAUACAACCCUGUCUGGCCGGAGACCCCUGGCGGAAACCGGGGGUAAUGGUUCAGCUAACAGAGUGCCAAGCGGUGGAUGGAAGAGUAGUCAGGUUGAUGCUGUGCCAAGCACUCCGACUCCGGCGAGCUUUGAAGAGAAUCAUCUUCGGGGUCUGAAUCUUGGUAUGGACCUUGAGUUCUCCAAGGACUUCCAGUUCUCAGGUACCGCUUUCACAGGGUCGGAUGGGCAGGCUGAGGAGCAGUAG